AUGGUGCACUCCAGGCCUUUCGCUUGCUGCCUCGCCUGGGCGGCCUUGGCCGCCGCCCACGGCCCGGCACUGCAGAGCGUCGAGGUUGACUCCCGCGCUGAGCUGGGUCCAGAGGUUGACUACGAUUCCGAGUUGGAACCGGAGGUUGACUCCAGCUUCGACGUGGAUCCGGAGGUCGGCCGCAAGAGACACCGUGAAAGAGCUGGGAGGUCGGCAGCCCUUCUCCGAACUGAAAACCGGGCAGGAGCUCGAGGUGGUAGCGAGGACUUCGCAUCGGAUGCCAGCCUCCUAGAUGCAGAGGAGGCCCAGGAGUCUCACGGAAGAGAGCACGCCGAGAAGGUCACGAAGAAGAAGAAAAAGAAGAAAAAGAAGGCCCUGGCGAAGAAAUGUGCAGCUCGCUGGCACGAGAACUUGGCUAGUGAUGAUCUUGCGGCACUCUUUGGGGCGCUCUGA